AUGCCGGAGCAGACACAGACCCAGAGCCCUGCCGCGGAGAGUGUGGAGGAGAAGCCAUGCUCUUCUUCUGCUGCAGCAGCUGCUAAUGAUGAUGGAGCAGAGGUCCUGGAGGAGGCAAAGAAGCUGCUUGGCACCGGGAACAGGCACCUGGUGAUGGGGGACGUGGUCUCUGCUGUGGCAGUGUUUCAGGACGCCUGCAGUUUGCUGUCUGAGCGGUUCGGAGACACUGCUUAUGAAUGUGGAGAAGCUCUGUUCCUCUGUGGGAAGUCUCUGCUGGAGUUGGCCAGGAUGGAGAACACUGUCCUGGGGAACGCUCUCGAGGGAGUUCCAGAGGAGGACGAAGGGAAGGACCAGGAGGAGCAGCCAAACUCUAAAAUUGAGAGCGCCAACAACCUGGACGCAGACACUAGAGAGGAGCUCCGAAAGCAGGUGUACGAGGCCAUGGCCGAAGAGGAGAGGACCAACUCCACCGCUAACAGGUCUCCACCGAGGAAGGACCCUGCAGGGGAGACCACAGAGGGCGCUGAGGCUAAAGAGGAGGCUCUAGAGACUCCUGCUGCUGAGGGAGACGGCAAAGAAGAGGAAGAGGAGUCUAUGGAGGAUGAAGGCAAUUUAGCUCAGAGCCGGGUGAAGUCACUGGUGUGA